UUACGAGGCAAAUAGAUCCUUGGAUAUGAAAAUGACAGGCACACUUCCCUCUAACCAAGAAACCCCGACAAAUACCAUGUUCAGUCUACAGAACUUAUGCACUAAUUCUAACCAGCCAUCUGGAGCAAACCUGUCACAUAUAAUCAAUUCCGAAACUUCAUUUUCGCUGGAAUCAUCUAUUCAAGCCAACCAGGGACCCUUUCAGCUCCACACAUCUUCCCCGGAAUUUUGCAGGGAGGAUUUAUUACCUCAGCAUCAACUAAACGUGGAUCAUCCUAAAACAAACUUAUUAGGAUUCCAUAUGGGAGCCAAAGCUUCAUCGUCAAUUCUCUUUAAUACACAAGCAUCUGAGUUGAAGGACAACACUCUGGAGGCAUGCGUCCUUGGAAGAAUCCAAUCGACAGGCGUACACCUGACUAAUUUGGAUUGUCACCCAAUUCUUCCUCAGCAGCUAGAUGGGUACUAAUACUUUUGUGAAUGCGGAAUAUUUUUCCUUUCAGCCACCUUACGCAUAUCCUAAUUUCUCAAAGUUUUAUGACUUGCCCAGUUCGCAGACACGAAGAAGUGAAUCUGAUAAUGAUGUCAAGGCUGAAAAGCCAGAUUUAUGAAAUGUGAUGACCUAAAGUUACAUUGAUAACUUUUUUGUACUUGUAUCUGCUACUACUAAGUCCAUGUACAUUGUGUUGUUGCUUAUAAGUUAUAACAGUUCAAACAUGAAACCUUGAAGGCUUGAAGCUAAAACAGACAUUAAGCACGACUUUCUGAUGGUGCUUGUAUUAUGUUCUCAUGAAGAAAAUAGAAUUAUUC